AUGUCGUCUCAGCUUUCACUUCUUCCACCCGGCUCAAAGCUUUGGCUGCUUGACCUGGGCGCUCUCGACAUUGAUGCCUCAUAUGUUCUUUCCGGGGCCAACGCGCCCCUACCCGGGCAAGCACCCCAGGUUCACGAGGUUCGCCAGUGCCUGAUGAUAGCAGCCCUACUCUACCACCCGUACGUGGGCCUCAUCCUGUUUGACACAGGCUCGUGCGAGGAUAUUAUCAACUCUUGGGACAAGGAAUUCUUGGAAUGUGCUCCUCGCUUAUGGGUGAAGGAUAUCCACUCUCUUCCAUCCGCAGUGAAAGCCACCGGUGCUGGAGACAUUGAAGAUAUCAAAGCAGUGGUCAUGAGCCAUCUGCAUUUGGAUCAUGCAGGCGGCUUGGAGCAUUUCUUCGGAACAGGGCAGCUUGAUCUGACUUUCAAUUGGGCUAUAGAUGUGGAAAUCUGGUGCCAUGAAAAAGAACUCAAGAAUGCAUUCUGGGCAUCUGCUACGGGGCAUGACAGUGGGUUAUUCCGGCCAGAUUACUUGCGAGCUGAGCUGCUGAAUUGGAAGACGGUGUCAGAGCAAGUGGUGGAGCUCUGGCAGGGAGUCACCAUGCACAUGUGUCCUGGGCAUACCGAGGGAUUUCUGGUGAUGGAGCUGAGAUUCCCUGUGUCUGGCACUGUGGUGUUGACCGGGGAUCUGUUCCAUGUGAAGGAGAACUAUGAAGACGGACGACCUCAGGGCUUCCUGAUGCGAGACUAUAACACCUGGCAUAGGAGCAGGGAUUACGUGAAAAGACUGGUGCAACGGACGGAUGCCAAGGUGUGCCUUGGCCAUGAGAGAAGCUACUUUGACAAGUUUGAGAAGAGCCCUAAGUUUCUAGAGUAA